CCUUCUGCAACGGUCAUGUCGGGUGGCACUCAAAGCACGCAGCAGAGCUAUUACUACGUUAUUCGUGGCAUCUCCAGCUCGGUACUCAAAGUACGCUGCCCGAAAGAGGCGGACGCUCAGGACCUUUUGCAAGAGAUCCUGAACACGAACGACAAGCUGAAGCCAUGGCAACGCAGAUUCGGCGACUUAUGGGUUUAUAAGGUUGUGACUCCAGUUCCUCAUGGCCUGCAGAGUGUUGAGGAGAUAGAACGUCAUCUCACUCCGGAGACACUCACUAGGUCGAUGGGGCCAGAUGAACUUGGCCUGCCCGACGCCGAGAGUGCGGUGGACUUCGUUAUAGUUCCCCGUGAGGCCAAGAAGGAUGAGGAUAAGGAGCCAGACUCUCUUGAAGAACUUCCUCGAUUUCGACUCCGAAAAACUCUGAGAAGAGGCGAAAUCAGAAAAGCACCCAGCGAGGGCUCCAAAUCACUCUCGUACAAAAAUGACCAGGGCAAUCCUCAUAUUCUCGACGGACGCUGUGACGUUGGCCGCCCUAACGACAGCAAGGUUGGCCCUCCUAUAGAGAUCUUCCACGGUUGCUUUGACCAGUUCAGACGUGAUAUCCAAAAUCUUAAAGUCCCUCCUGAAAAACUAGUCGCUGUGGUCGAGUUCAUACACCUCUCGUCGGCUAUCUAUUCGCUCGAAAGCCAACGUUACCAAAACAUUCAUGAUGGUUUCUACGCGGUCACUGGCCUCCGGUUGUUGACCAUUAGGAACGAGGACAAGACCUACCUAGACGGAAUUCGUAUCUCAAUAGCGCAAAGUCAAAGCGGAGAGGUCCACUUUAUCUUGAUCGUGCGAGAAGAUGAAAAUGAGAUAGGGACAGGAAGUUCAGCACCGGAUGUGCAAGCAGCAUUAUUCUAUUUGCGAUCGUGGAGUCAGUCUGGGGUAUGA